AUAUUCUUGCUUAAAUAUGCACGAACGUAGCAUUAAACACAAACAAAUUGAAACAAGGUAUACAUGGCCCUGAAUUGGAAAUGAUAUUGUUGUUGUAAACACACGCAACGAAUGAUAUUACCCGUAAACAUCGAUUCGUAUAGACUUAUGUAUUAAAUCGGUCAAUUGCUCAUUCAUGGAUUCGGGGAGGCCAAUAUUGCCUAAAUUAUUACGACCGAGAAGUUUCCAGUCAAUAAUGGUGUACAUACGACAACAUAACUUGGUGAAAUUUUUGUCAUUAUUAGUGCUGUUUUUGCUCCUCUUCAGGAUCUUAGUACCUAACCUUUUUUCAUAUUCUCUAUCAUAUUUCCAAAUUAUAAUAACUAUGGUGAAUACCGACAUGGAUCGCCAGCAAGAUGUUAUCCGACAAGAAGCAGAGUUGGUUUGGGGCUAUCAUCAAAUGCAGAAAAGAUUCAUGCAACAAAUUUGUAAGGAAAAAAAACUGUCAAAAAAGAAGUAUUUAUGGCUUGUUUCCUUGUCUUCAGACAAUGUCCUUCCUGGGGCAGUAGCUGUCGCUCAAUCAAUUCAAAAAAUAUCUUGUUACACAAAUAUCGGUGCAAUGGUGACACCAAAUGUCAGCAAUCUGACAAGAAGUGUACUAGCAAAGGCUGGUUACCAGAUGUUUGAUGUGGAGUCUCUUGAUUGCAACUGGUUGGAGAAAUCAUUGCAUCUUCCUCCAACAAACACAGGCAUUCCAGGCACUCAUACAAGAUUUCACGCUUGGAAUUUAUUACAAUUUGAGAAGAUUGCAUACGUGGAUAUAGAUUACAUGCUUCUUACCAAUAUUGACGAGAUAUUUGAUUUACCGGGUGACCUAUCAGCAGUUUACUGCGCAAGACCGAGUGUGGUUCAACCUUGUUUCAACGCAGGACUUGCCGUCUUUAGACCAUCAGCGAAGACGCAUUCUGGACUUAUGGACAAAUGGAAGGAAUUAAACGGAAUUAUGGGAUGUGUUAGUGAUCAAGUGGUUAUGUGGUACUACUUCGCUUUUUCUGAUCGCUGGAAUCCUCUGCCGUACUCAUAUAAUGUUCGUAGAAAAUUAUUUUAUCCAAUGAAAGGUAGUUGCAAGCUGAAUAUACAUUUUGCUGGUUAUGGUGUAACUCCUAAACCUUGGGAUAUGAAGAUACCACCCACCAAGAAAGAAGCUUUUGAUUUUCCUGGUCCUGCCGUCGAACGAAAGGAUAUGAACUUCCUAUGGUGGCAAUUAUUCUACAAUGCGUUGGAUCAAUAUAAUCUCCAUCAAUGGUGGACUUCAAGAUAACAUCUGCACACAUUUACAUACAUUCAAAUCACUUUUCCAAACCGCGCUAAUGUAAAUUAUGUCUACCGC